AUGAUCUUUGGUUUAUCAAGUAUUCUUUUCAGAUCAAUUUUUCAACCUUUUCGUACUAUGGCGUCAGCUAUUCCAGCUCAAACGCCGAAUGCUGCACAAAACCUUGAAAAAAAUGAACUUUAUUCAAUGGGUCCUGGUUUUUGGAAUGUUCGUGGUCGUUUUAAAAUUUUAAAACUUAUUGAUAUUGAAACACAAAUGUCAAUAAUACAAUUACGUAAUGGAAAAUUUCUUGUUAUUGAUACAGUUGAAAUGAAUGAUCGACUUCGACAAGAAAUUGAUCAAUUAACAAAUAAUGGAGAAAAAAUAGAAGCUGUUAUUGCUACACAUCCAUUUCAUACUUUAGCAUUUCCUGCAUUUUAUCAAUUAUAUCCUAAACCAGCUUACUAUGGAACACCAAGACAUUUACGUCGAUUAACUGAUAUUCCAUGGAAAGGAGAUCUUGAUGAUUGUAAUAUAAGAAAAAAAUGGGAACCAGAAGUAGAAAUGCGUAUUCCAGCAGGAGCGGAAUUUAUUAAUCCACAACCUGAAUCAUCAAAUCAUUUUAUAAGUGUUUUUGUUUACCAUCCAGCAUCACGAACUCUUCAUGUUGAUGAUACAAUAAUGUAUGCUGAAAAACCUGGUUUUUUACUUAAAGUAUUUGGUUAUAAAGAUGGCGCAAUGGCAUUUCAUCCUUCAAUUAAAAGUUCGGGUCUUCAUCCAACAGCUGACGCUCCAUAUUUAUUUCGUGAUUGGAUGCGUAAUGUAUUAAAAGAUUGGCCUUUUGAUAAUAUUUGUUGUGCACAUAUGGGUGUUAAAAUGGGUGGAGCACAUGCUGAUGUAUCUGCAUUACUCGAACGAGCUGAACAUUUAUUUGAUAAAAUUAGUGCAAAAAAUAAGAAGAAAAAUCCUAGUGGAGAAUUACCACCUGGAAAUCAUCCAAAUAUGAAUGUUAGUGGUGAUGAAUGUGGAUAA